GACUAUUUCAAAUGACUUUUUUGUUAUUAGGGGGAGAAUGGUCACAUGGGUCUCUGGCAGAACUGUAGUAAUACAAAGUGUCAAGGUCUAUCAAACCCAUCAGGUGCUGUUAUUGGUGUAAGAGCAAUGCUGUGUAUGUCAUUAAUGUCAGGAUUGAUUGGCUGGGCUGUUGGUAUGGUUGCAUUGAUAGUUCAUAGACCUCGUUUCUUAUUCACAGUUGCACUGGCCUUCGGAAUACAAGCUUUCCUGUGGUUCAUUGGUCUAUUGGUGUACACAAAAGAAUUGAAGUCCAACAAAGGAGCCAGUCAAGGAUGGUCAUACUCUAUAGGAUGGCUCGGGUUCUUCCUUGUUGUCUUCAGUGUCGUUUAUUACGUUUUUGCUGGUGUAUAUCGACUCAAGAAACCUCAAAGUAGUGUCAUCCAACAAAUAUAUGCUCCAUUGACACAGUGGGAUGAUGUGUCCAGCAGUGACUCUGAAGAUGAUAGACUUUAGAGAGAGAGCACCCAAUGCACACUGUACUGUAACUCACAUUGUUCAAACUCAACUGUCAUAAUAUUUCCCUUCUCUUGCUUGUUUUAUGUUCUGCUUGGUUCCUUCAUUCUUCUGACAUUUGUGCUGCUUUUACUGUUAUACUACCUCAUUCUCUUUAUGUGUGUGAAAUGAAUUCCUCUUACAUUAACAUUAACUUUUAUUAUUACAUGGUAUUAUUAUAUGAAAGUCAA